UUGUUUUGACUUUCAUAAUCAUAACCUCAAAUCCAAAUUAAUUUUAUCGUCCAUGUGAUGAGGUUUUACAAAUAAUACAGUUUUAUGCUUUGUUUUUAAAAUGUCGACCUUGUGUAUUGACGAAGUAUAUCCUAAAAGUAUUGAGAACCCAUUGAUUGUUAAUUUUCAAAAUGGAUAUCCCACCGACGAAUUUGUUUCAAAAAGUUGUUUCUUGUACGAAGACAAAAAUGCCAAAUUCAAAUCUAUAGCCGUCGACGUUUGCAACUUAUUGUAUGCUGGUGAUGAGGAAAAAGAAGAUUUGGGCAAGACUUUGAUAUUAGCGCGUAACAAAAUUACCGGCAAAGUGAGAUUGAUUGAAGCAGGCAACGUUGAGGUUAAGCCCGUAAUAAAGCAUAAUUUGGACUCUGUACUAGACACCAGCCGCUUGGAGUUGAGUCGGAAGUUCGGUUCCAAGAAACAGAAGAAGGUUAUGGAACAACGAGAGAAGUUAAAAGUUAACACGGAGACUGUAGUCAACCAAAUGCACAAUGUUACUAUUAAUAUAGCUGAAGAUCAAGUUGAUCUGAGUUCAUACACUAAAACAGAUUCUGAAGACUUCUAUAUACCACCAAUAAAUCGCGAAGCCACAGAUGUAAGUGAUGUGUACGAUUUAUACAAAAUAUUAACAAAAGAACAAUACGAGAAAAUAAACUCAGAGAUUGGCAACAAAGAUAUUACUUCAGACAUGGUGGAGUGGAUCAGAAACAUUGUUAUUAACAAAUCAUUAAGUACAGAAUACAAAGUCUUAGCUUUAUAUGCCAGUUGCCUGAUCAAAUUAUACGGAACAAUGAUGAAAGAGAUAAUUAAAAAAGCGUUUUGUGCAUGUCCUCACUCACCAACACUGAAUGAAGUUAUAUUAAACAACUUCACAAGUUACGUCAACUCGAAACGUAAUAGAUCUUUGCAGUUAAAAGACAAGUCUUUAUGUCACGCCAUAGUUUUUUUGCUGAUUAUCAACGAUUUUAAAUACAGUGCCGAAGAUUUAGGGAAACAUGUAAACAUGGCUUUAAGGACAUUAACAACUAAGGUUAGAGUGUUGGGAGCGUCGGUAGUGACCUCGGGAAGCAAGAAAAUUGUUCAGUUGAAACUACCUCUCAGUACUUCCAUGUUUGUUAGGCGGAAAAGUGCAAAGUUUUAGAUGAUGUAAAUAUAGUAUUUUGUUAUGUA